AUGGACCUCCUAAGGCGUAUUUCCGGCUCUUCGACAAGCUCUUCGGACGACAAUCCAUUUAGGAGGGGAUUAUCCCUCGGGCCCCUCCGACGGAAGUCAUCUAAAGACAGCAGCAAGGCUAUAAAGAUUAGAAAGGCCCUGAAAGACCAGAUAAAAGAGUACAAUUCCAACCAACAUCAAGCAUACACAUCUGCUCCUCAAAGCCCCCUUGUUAAGUCUAGAACAGGGAGUUUCCUAGAAUCACCAGUAUUGGAGGAAGAGGUUUUAUCUGUCCCUCGACCAAUUCGGCCUUCCAACGAGCGGAUGUAUUCGCAUGCGAAUGAUUCAACAUCGAAUCAUUCUGACGAAAACGAUCUGCCACUAGGAGUAGUAUUUGCUGGAUUGAGUCCAAGAAGAGAAUCAACACUUUCGAUUCCAUUCACACUACCAAGAUUAAUCAAGAAUAGACGAAUAUCAGAACAUAUCGAUCCAAUGCAUAUUAGCGUCGGUUCCAUGAAUACCGUCAGUUCUACGAGUACGAUGAGUUUGGCGAGCUCGGCAUCUAUUCCAAAGUCGAUUACUCGACCUCGAAAAAUAUCUGAGGCUAUAAGCUAUUUCGAUGAUAUGGAGGAAGAGGAGGAAGAGGAGGAAAACGCGGGCGUCGUUCGGAAGGAAGAGCCAAAACGAGACGAGAGAUUUGACAAAAUCGUUCCCCAUGUCUCGGUACUACCAGACGUCCCCGAGAUUCAAUCGGCGAGUAGCUCCUACAGCGCCCGCAACUUUGAGGCUCGCGGGUCUAUCGUUUCCUUUGUCACUACUAAUUCCUCUGCACCCUCGCCUACAAACAACCUUACGUCUAGUAUGUCAAAGAGGAAGACUCUUCCGUAUAUCCCAGACAAUGAGUUACAAUCCUACGACCUUCUUCCACCUACCCCGAAUGUGCCAACAAGACAGGAGAGAUUAGCUGCAGAGCAAAUAGAAGAGCUAUCUCAGAAACUCUAUUCUAAGGAUCAUCUACGAAUUAUUACAUCGGACCCGGGGCUACUUCAUAGCUUCUCACGGUUCUUGGCCUCCUAUAGGCCAUCCGCAUCGAUGGAUUUGUUAACAUACUACCUUAACGCGAAGAAGGCCAUCAAAGCCAUUAACUAUGCAAAUUCUCUGGCUGAGUCACUGGGUCCAAGUCCUUCUCCUGAUAGAUCAUGGAUCCACACCGAGGACGAAGGCACCACGCCGGUCAAUAAAGUCCUUGAAAGGAAAGCUGCAGAUGCGUUCAAGAUUCUGACCGAGCAGGAGCUCCCGCGCUAUGUCUCUUGGGUGUAUACUGAGAUUGUGACAUACAACAUUCAGAAAAAGAUUACUGGGAGUGAGGUUCGGUAUCUGGAGGAAAGCUCAAAUGAAUUGGGCGAGGUCUUCUGCCUGACUGAUCCACAGCGACAUGACAAUCCAAUUGUGUUCGCAAGCGAAGAAUUCCAUCGAGCGACCCAAUACCCGAUCUCCUACGUCUCUGGGCGAAAUUGUCGCUUCCUUCAGGGCCCCAAAACACAACGGCAUUCUGUGGCCCGUCUUCGUGAUGCAGUUCGUCAAGGACACGAAAUUACAGAGUGCUUUUUGAACUACAAACGUGAUGGAACCCCAUUCUUAAAUCUUGUUAUGGUUGCUCCUUUGCUUGACUCCAAGGGGCAGGUCCGAUAUUUCAUCGGUGCCCAGAUCGAUGUCACAGUGCUUGCGAAGAAUUUUGUCGGUCUCGAAGGCUUCGGCCGAUUGAUGACGAAGCAGAAGAGGCAGAGCGAAGUACUAGAUACGGAAUUAGAUUUGGAUCUUGUUAGGCCAAAGAAUGAAGAGUUCAAACAACUAGCGGACUUGUUUAGUGCCGAAGAAAUCGAGAAGGUUAAGGAAACUGGUGGCCAAUUGCACAAAGAUCAUAAAAUUCAAGAUCCCUUGGAUGAGCUUUUCGCAGAAGACCAAAAUACCGAAGAAGAUUCGAUAACCGGGCCUUUUAUCCCUUCCGGUUCCCUUGGCGAGGCCUCGGAAGGAGAAGAAGCACCCAAAAAGAAAUUGAAGACCACAAAAAGCAUCAAUUUUUGGAGUAGUUCCUUGAGGGGCGUCUACAGAAAUUAUAUUCUCGUUCGGCCCUAUCCAUCUCUUCGGAUCCUCUUCGCUUCCCCUUCGAUGCGUACACCGGGUAUCCUUCAAUCUCCACUCAUGUCCAAAAUUGGUGGUUCAGAUGAUGUUCGUGAAGAGCUUGAAUGUGCACUUUCCAACUCACGAGGUGUCACGAUCAAAGUUCGGUGGUUGAGUAAACUCGAUGAACAAAAUCCUAAGAAGAGCGAAUUGCUCGGCCGUGAAAGAUGGCUUCAUUGUACUCCUCUCUUUGACGCUAACGGUGCCGCUGGUGUCUGGAUGAUUAUCGUAGUGGAUGAUGACUCGAAUUCAGAGACUAUCUCCCAUCACGAAUAUGAUAUCUCAGAUCUUCCCGGUCUUGACCUCGGCCUUGAAAGACGUCCAAUUUCCAGUUCCACCGAAUCAUACAGGCUCUCUACUUCGAUUGAUAUCAGCGGAUUGAUUAGAAACGGCCAAGCUUGUGGGUUUAUCAGAAAAUCUCGAGAUGCACCGGUUAUCCAGAAUCCUGAAGAUUGGAGAGCACAAAACGGAAACUGCGACUUCAUAUUCGACGACCCGCCUGAUCAGGGCGAGAGCUGA